AUGAAUUCAAACAACUGGCUUUCCUUUCCUCUUUCUCCUACUAAUUCUUCCUUGCCAUCACAACUCCACCCUUCUCAUUCUCAUCAGUUCUCUCUAGGGUUAGUAAGUGAUACCAUGGAUUUCCAAAACCAAGAGUGGCAUUUGAUUAAUACUCAAGGAAGCGACGAAGUUCCAAAGGUGGCUGAUUUUCUUGGCGUGAGCAAAUCCGAGAACCACUCAGAUCUUGUAGCCUUCAACGAUAUUCAGGCCAAUGAUUCUGUCUCCGACUACUUAUUCCCGAGCAACAACAUAGUCUCUGUACAAAACACCGUUGUAGACAAUUCUAGCAACUUUGAUUUCCAAGAAAAAUCCAACAGCCUCCAAUCGUUGACUCUCUCAAUGGGAAGUGGCAAGGGUUCUUCAGCAUGUGAAACCAGCACCGAUAAUACCAGCGUUACCACUGUGGAAGCUCCCCCAAGGAGGACUUUGGACACAUUCGGACAAAGAACGUCUAUUUAUCGUGGUGUAACAAGGCAUAGGUGGACAGGAAGGUAUGAAGCUCAUCUUUGGGAUAAUAGUUGCAGAAGGGAAGGACAAUCCAGGAAGGGCCGCCAAGUCUACUUGGGUGGGUAUGACAAAGAAGAGAAAGCAGCUAGGGCUUAUGACUUGGCUGCACUAAAGUAUUGGGGAACAUCUACAACUACAAAUUUUCCAAUCAGUAACUAUGAGAAGGAGGUGGAGGAGAUGAAGAACAUGACAAGACAAGAAUUUGUGGCAGCCAUUAGAAGGAAAAGCAGUGGCUUUUCUAGGGGAGCGUCCAUGUAUCGUGGAGUUACAAGGCAUCACCAACACGGACGAUGGCAAGCAAGGAUUGGCAGAGUUGCCGGAAACAAAGAUCUAUACUUGGGAACUUUCAGUACUGAGGAGGAGGCAGCUGAAGCUUACGACAUAGCAGCAAUAAAAUUCCGAGGCCUAAACGCCGUAACCAACUUCGACAUGAGUCGAUACGACGUGAAGAGCAUUUUGGAGAGCAAUACUCUCCCCAUAGGAGGAGGGGCAGCAAAGCGUCUCAAAGAGGCUCAAGCAUUGGAAUCUUCCAGAAAACGUGAAGAAAUGAUAGCUCUCGGCUCCACCUUUCAGUAUGCGGCUGCAGGAGCCGCCAGUUCAUCAACAUCAGCCAGUCGUAAUUUUCAAGCCUACUCUUUGUUGCAGCCUCAGUCAACCCUUGAUCAAAAUGUACAACAAUCCCAGCCUCUACUAACUCUCCAAAACCAUGAUAUUUCUCAGUACAUCCACCAUCAUGACCCUUCUUCAUACCAAAAUUACAUUCAAACCCAGCUUCAGUUGCACCAGACCCAGCAGCAAUACCAUCCUACCCAGCAAUUCUAUAAUAGUUAUGGACUUCAGAGUACACACCCAGCUUUGCUUCAAGGUCUCAUGGACAUGGGUUCUUCUUCUGGCGUGAUGGAUCACAACAGUGGAAGCUCUAGUGGGAGCUAUAGUGCUGGAGGGUAUUUAGGGAAUAUUGGAAUUGGGUUGGCUUCAAAUUCAACAGUAAACAAUGGAGUGGGUUCAGCAGAAGAGCUCGCACUUGUGAAGGUUGAUUAUGAUAUGCCUAAUGGAGGAGGGUAUGGGUAUUUUUACAAUGUGGAAUGACUGAGGCUCGGAUACUGAGAUAUUGUAUGGGGAGAUUAGUAAUCUUGCGGUGGGGGAGAUUAGUAAUUUGUGAUCGGGGGGACUUGAGGAUGGAUAGGAACAGUUUACUACCCCUUUUUUUGGGUGAUUCUGAAGUAACAGGAGCUGAUUUUCAA